CGAGGGUUUUUAUCGUGGUGGUGGCGCCCCCGCUGUUUCUAGGUCCAUGUAGCUCAUAUAGGGCUGGCCAUGGAGCUCACUAGACCCCUAGACCUCAUGGAGCAGGUCUAGGCGGCGAAUGCCAGGAAUAAGGAGGAAACCGAAAAACGCAAGUUCGCGGGGUUUGGGAGUACACAUCUAUUUGCCAGGGGGUGCAUUUGUUUAUCCCAGUACUCCAGUCCCUUGGUCAUAGGAAACUCCCUUCUCCAGCGCAACACUGGAGUAGGCAUCACGGAGUUUCCAGGGAUGGCAGGCCGUUGGCACGGUCGUUUGUGCUCGGAGAACAACAAGCGCGUGGAUUUUCUGCUUCAGUGUGCCCGGGACGGCAGCCCCGGCCCCGGGGAUGUCGGACGUCGGACUCCAGGGGUUCGAGCCCUAGCCCCGCCGCAUCCUUGGGGCGUGCAGGAAGAGAAGUUAAACUUCGAGAGAAACCUAACAGACAAUCUCCACACAGGUGGUAACAGAAAACAAUCCAGAUGGGGUGCAGGUGCUGUAAAAUAAUACAAAGCUAUCUCUUUGAUCCAGUUCAAGUGUCCUCUCCUGGCUAUGUCAAUGAAGUCAACAGCUGCAAGCUAGAUGAAGACGACACUGAUAAAUUAAAAGGCAAAUGGAACAGUGAAGUCCUGGUGCAGAAAAAUGACUCUCAGAGGCAGGGCUCAAAAAAGACUGAGAGCAGCAGCAGGACAGCUAACCCACGGGAGCCCUGCUGGCCUCACCAAGGGCCGCUCCCGCAGGGGGAUGUUGGAGGGGAACACCAUGCCUGCGGCAUCAAUGGCAUCGGCCCUGCUGCCGCUCCACAGCCCGCUGGGAAUCCCAGCCCUGCCCAGGAUGACAGGGGCUCCUGGACCAGUACUGAAAAUACUGGAGUUCCCCCAACUCAACCCUUCCUGGAAGGAGGGGACACCAGGAAACAGGACUGUGUGCUGCUGGCCUCAGAAGGAACCCAAGUCAUGAGAAAUGGAGACUCCAGAGCUCCUUCUGAGGCAGAAAGUUUUGCCUUAGAAGUACAAGACCGUGUCUUCCAGAUACCAGCCCCAGAUUACCUUCAGCAUUGGGGUCCAGCUGGAGACAACAUUGACCAUAAUGAAAAGGACCGUGUUUUCAAGAACCAUACUGAGGAUGAGUCCCUUGAGGGAAUUCAGCCCACAGUGGGGGAGCGUGGUUUGAAUACGCCCUUCUCUGGGAGGAGAAGCUGGGAUUCAUUGAAUGAGGAUGUGGAAACAGAAGUUCUAAGCAUCUGCUUUAAUGAGAAGGGUCCUGCUCAUGCCACGCCUGUGGUUGACUCAGGAAACAGGCAGGAGGAUGCCCAUGGCUCCAAUGGAGACGGAGAUGGGGAGAUUGUGGACGAGGAUGCAGCGGUGGCGGAGGCCCUUGCGGCUUUAGAAGCUGCUACUGCAGGAGAAGAUUUGGAUGAGGCUGAUUAGGGGAGGGGAUUUGCACAGGGAGGUAAGCUGGUGUCGUGCUGAGCAUGCAGAUGCAUUUGCUCCCUGGAUGCAGAGCAGGUGAUUCUCCCAGCAUGCACCAGUGCAGCCUGACCAGUUGUUUACAUCCAGCAUCUGUUCUGAUUGUCAGCAUCUGUCCCAUGCUGCUUGUCAUAUAUCUGGAGUUUCACUCUGUGUCGAUGAGCUGUCAUUCAGGACACUAGGAGAAAAAUCUGAGUUGGUCAUUGUGCCCAUAUCCACAGAAAGUGCAGAAAUUGAACAGCUUGCUUGACAACCCUCAAACAUCUUUGAGCACCUGGUACAGAUGUUUAUGAGAAUACUCUAAGAUCUCAACCCUUGAUCCCAAAGGCACACAAUCACAGAGGAUUCCUUUUGACUGUAAACUGUUUACCUUGCUUUUGAGAGCCAAACAUUGUACCCAACCUGGAAAAAGUAACUACCCCAAUUAAAGUGCCUCAUGUGUCCCCAGAGCAUGGCUUAACUUCAGGGACAAUUCACCCAGGGAACUAAGAACUAACCAGUUGUUCAACAGCGGGUUAAGCUCAGCAGUUUUCACAGUAGAGCAGAAGUCCUCAGGAAACAAAAGGUUAGUCAUUAGCUGAGAUGUGAUUUUAAAACACCUUGACCUUAACUUUUUUGCAUUAUUACUUUUAAAUCUCCUUUGGGACUGGGGAGGCUGGCCAAAAUAGUCUUAAAACUGCUUGUGUCAUAUUUGGGUUUUAAGUUCAUGACUUUCAGAACAGCAAAGCCAUAUAUGCAAUGUUUUUAUGCCAUUAAAUGUCUGACUCUAAUUAAAAUAUAACAACGUA